AUGGAAUGUAAAUAUGGAUAAUUUGAAUUAGAUGGAUUUUGUUAUGAUUGGUAAUUCUAUCAUUAUUAUAGUAGUCCUGGAAUAAUAAAUUAAGGAAUGAUAACAUGUUUAGAUUGUUUAUUAAAUCCAAAAGAAUGGUAUAAGAAUCCUACUUGUAAAGAAUAUAUUUAUUCAGAUCAAGAUGGAAGUACUUACUAAAAAAAUAAUAAUCGAUGGAAUUACUAUCAUAUUUUUAAUGGACUAAACAUUGAAUUAUGUGUAGAAUGUGGAUAAUCUAGUAUAAUAGACUAAAAUAAUAUCUAUUAAGAUAAUAAUUUUAAAUUAUAAUAAUUUAAAUAAUUUUGUGUUAAUGAAGAAUCUUCUAAUUAAUGUUAUAAAUGUUCAUUGACUUAUUGCAAGUUUUGUAAGAUUUUAAUAACAGGAGAAGUAUGUCUAAUGUGUGAUUAAUCUAGUAAACUUAAUAAUGGGGAAUGUACAGAAAUUGUUUUAGGAUUAAUAGAAGAAAAUAAUUGUAUAUCGCCUUAUUAUAUUUCUUCAACUAAAUAAUGUUUACGUUGCUCUAUAAAUAAUUGUUUGCACUGUUUUGA